UUUGCAGAUAUAAGGAUUCCAAGUGCCGUUUAAUUUUGGACAAUGAAGCAAUUCUAAUACAAAGCCCGCCAUGGCAUACCAUGAUGCUACGCGCUAAGGCGCUGCCGCAUACCACUGAGCGAUCGGACCGUAAUGGACUCGGACAACAACACAAGGAAACAAUUACAGCUCCAUCACCAGGUAACUCACAGCCGGACUACGAUCAGUUCGCAAGUCAAAGUAUCACAGAUCGCAACGCUAUUCCAGGCACAACCGCAAUCAUUCGCUAAUAAUCAAAAAUCAACGACCAAAGUUCAUUUUGCAUUGCCAUCCACCGCCAAAUUUAAAUCCAGCGGACGCCAGGAUUCCGCCACUACCAUUAAGCUGAUGUCACCAGUAAAGACUAAGGAAGCAAGCCAAACCGCAGGCAUGUUGGAAGUCGAGCAAGUACCGUCGCCCACGAACGCCGCAGCGGGGUUGAACAGCAGCGUGGUGCGCACCGAAAGCCACGUGGCCAGGUUCAACAACGCUCGGGCUCUAUUCGAAAAAUUGGGAGAGGAGAAUGGCGCUCCGGUCGUCAAGACGAAAAUACAUUAUACAGGGUUAACAAACGGUUCUGCUAAUGUGACCGCCAAUGGCAAGCCGGCUCUGCCAAGAAAGCCAGAGAAACCAGAACGAAAAUUUAAUAGUAGAGAACUCAUCGAAAAGCAACGCAAUUGGACAUCACAUUUUAGUAAAAGGCGGCCACAAAAUGCUUCUAUGCAUCGACAGUUGUUCCCCAACUUGCCUCUGCCGAUACAUCUCCACAGUAUACGAAUGUCGUAUCACACGCCUCUUGCUAUUUGCAGCAGUCUCCUUCUUCAGUCAAUGGAGGCCAAAUUGGCGGAUCAGCAGGAAAUACGCCGUCCACACCUCCGUCUUAUGCGUUGCCAAUAUCAUGUCCGACUGCGCCGGGCGUUAUUAAAAAUUCUGUGCUGCGAGAAAUGGAAUCGGAAGAGAGGCGACACGUGGAAGAAAAGCCUGUCGCAGCACAAGAAGUAGACUUGUCAGCUUUAUAUAGUUGCGUGAACAAGCACCGGGCAGAGCCGGUUCAUGCAGUUCCUGCAAUUUCUAAACCCGAAACUGUUUUAUACCAUGAACCAGAAAUUGGUAACGGAUACGACGAUGAAGAUGCUUUAUACUGCCAACCAGAAGAAUUUAUGAGAUCGCCAGUACAAGUAACGCAGUACAUACAAGAUGUUACCACGCCGGAGAUGAUUAGAAAUAACGAUUCAGCACUGGAUUUGCAAGAUGUCAAAUUUGCUGAUGCCGACCUUAGCGAUGAGGAUAGUACUGCGGCAGAUAUCAUUAAACAAAAUGAUAUUUCUGAACAGAAUGGUGGAGCGGAAAUAUUGUCUGAUAUUAUUACUCCACCUGGUAGUUUAUCUGACAAUGGUGCAUCUCUUCCUGAAACCAUGACGCCGGAUGAAGCUGAGCAUUUACUCAGCACCAGAAUCCUGGAGAAAAAACUGGGGAACCAGCCCUUACUCUCCGAUGAAGAAGCACGAGAAAUCACCCAACUUUUGGCUGCUCCAAAAGCCAUACCAGCACUCGCAACGACUCCUGAAGAACAUUAUGCCGAACCAGAGACUAUAACAGCCAUCAGCGUGUCCGUGAUUGAACCAGAAAUUCCUGUACCUUGCAUAUUACCUGAAACAGUAGAUGAAGCAGCACUUGCAUCACUAGAUACAUCUGUAAUAUCUACAGCAACCGAUAGUGCUAUUACUAUGGAUGACUCCAUGACAUCGAGCCGAAUGGAUAUUAUGGAAGAUUCAAUGCUGUUGACGACAAGUCAAGUUAAUGAAUCAGUAACAAGUUCAGUUACCAGUUUAUCUGCAGAAACAUCACGAUCUGCACCGAAUACAGCCAGUGUUGGUAGUAAUAUUGUUGUAGUGACAGAAGAUGAACCAGGGAUUUUUCCAGAUUACCCACCAACUCAAACACCAGUCGUGGGAGUGGAUAAGAGUGGUAUUCAUUACUUUGAGGAUGGGCAUUUCUGGAUGGAAGUGCCUGGUUUGCCUGAAACGGAUGACGAUGAGGAGGAUGACGUUGAUUAUUCACAAAUAUUUGUGAAGAAGGAUACUAAAGUUAAAUUCAGUUGUGGACCGAUGCAAGUUUUUUCAACAUUUUCUGUGUCCGAUUAUGAUCGUCGAAACGAAGAUGUGGAUCCUGUUGCUGCUAGUGCCGAAUAUGAAUUAGAAAAACGAGUUGAAAAGAUGAACGUGUUUCCUGUCCAAUUACUAAAAGGAGCAGAAGGACUAGGACUCAGUAUUAUAGGUAUGGGCGUUGGAGCAGACGCUGGUCUCGAAAAAUUAGGUAUAUUUGUGAAGACGAUCACCGAGAAUGGAGCUGCUGCUCGAGAUAAACGUAUUCAAGUUAACGAUCAAAUUAUCGAAGUAGAUGGGAAAUCCCUCGUGGGUGUAACACAAGCUUAUGCAGCUUCUGUAUUACGUAACACGUCCGGCAUGGUGCGUUUUCUGAUCGGCAGAGAACGUGAUCCGGUCAACUCUGAAGUUGCGCAACUAAUCAAACAAAGCUUGCAGGCGGACAAGGAGCGCGAGGAACGAUACCAGAGAUCGAGUCGCCACAUGGUGGAUCACGUUCGCAACGCAUCGGACUACUCCGAAGAUUCAACUUUACCUUUGUCUGCAAACAGUAGCGUGAGUGAUGGUCCUUUGAGUCCGCCGGCGGUUGCUGCUCCUGGUGCUUGCGGUCCAGACUCUGUUUUCGAACCUGAUGCAUCUGCACUUACCGCCUCUACGGUGGGCGAUGAACAAGAUUCAUUACGGAUGUUGCUGCAAGAGACCGAAUAUAAGCUUGCCUUGUCAGACGAAGAACUGACCAAAUUGAAAGCAAAGCUUGUGGAAUUAGAGAACAAUAGUGCCGAUAACGAAGAAUAUUGCGAAACAUUACGACAGUCAAGUGCGAAAUUACGAGAAUCCGAACGAAAUUUAGCAGCCGCUAAAAAAGAAUUAUCUACUUACCAAGAAAUGUUAGAAAAGUCACAAGGUCAGUACGCCGUUCUUGAAAAGAAAUACAAUAGGGCCAAACGAGUGGUAAGGGAAUUUCAACAACGAGAAUUGGACAUGAUUCAUCGUGAAGAAUUUUACCAACAACUUCUGCAGGAGAAAGAUACUGAAUAUAACGCUUUGGUGAAGAAGUUGAAGGACAGAGUUAUCGAACUUGAACAGGAAUUGCAGGACACGCAACGUAAAGCUGGACUUCCAAUGAGUUUGCCAUACGACAGUAUGAGCCUGAAACAGUUGACACCACAAUUGUCCAGAAGGGAACCUCCUAAACCAUUGUUUAAACAAUUGGAUACGGAAUUAUCAGACACCGAGUUGUCGGAUGCUUCUCCUGAAGGAGAAAAGACUGCGACUGUGGAACGAAAACUUCCAGUAAAAGACGAAUUAGAUCGCGCCGUACCUCAGCAUGAUCUUCUCGACGUUUCUGCUAAUAGGAGCAAAGGAGAACUUGGCCAAAGAGGCGGACUUGCCAAUAGGCAACUGCCAUCCCAAGGAAAGCGAAGUCUUAGCAAUAGUAGUUCGGACUAUGGUCUUGAUGAAAGCGAAGUCUCUUGCGAUGAAGAAGCUCCAACUGAAUCGACUUCUGUAUCACACACUGAAAGUUCUGUAUCAGAACUGCACACAAAUUCUCACAGUCUGCCAACGCAAAGAUUGGCAACUCCCGUAAACAAUACUCCUUCUACUUACAACUCUGUCACAAAUACCUCAAUGGAACAACAGAACUCAUUGUAUCAUUCCACUGAGCCCAUUUAUACUAAAGAAAAGGCAAUUUUAUCACAUCACUUACAUAAUAAUAGUACUGGUUACAGUACAACUACUGAAAGCUUAUAUUCACAUGCUACUCAUACCAGAAGUAAUAUACCAUUGAAUGUUGCUGCUAACGAGAAUGAUGUAUGGAGCAAUGGUGUAACUCCGGCAGUUGCCAAACCUGCCCGAGGACUUGGUCCUCCAUCAUCUCUUGCUGAACAAUUGAAACAAGUCUUAGCCGAACGUGAAAAACGGUUAACGAUAGAUGGUUCAAACGCUGGUGCUGCUGGUGAUUAUUCAGAUCCUAGUAAGCAGAACUCUGCUUCAUUGGUUACGCAACAUCUGGUUGAAGAAAUACGACAAGCAGUCAGUGAAGCUAAUGCCAGAGUAAAAAAGGUAGUUCCAUGCAACCUGUCUCCGCCAGGAUCAGUUCCUUGGUUGCAACAAGUUCCCGGUAGUCCAUGCAGUUCUGGCUCAGUAUCUCCUCUGGGCGGUGGUAACACCACUGAUCACUCUCCAACUAGAAGUUCAUCUAUGGGUGAUUCGUCCUGGUCGAUUCAUCAGCAUCAUUUGGCAUCGUCGGCUCAUGAUUUGUCUACAAGCACUUCUAGUUUUGGUAGCGAUAAAGUUCGUUCACAUUUCUGGCAAAGCGC